UAGAGUUGCUUGGUACUUCUCAAUGGCUGCCACCCAAACCUUCUUUCCACUUCUUCCUUCUUUGAAACAGAACUUCCCCUCCCUUACUCCAUGGUUUUCCUGCAAACCCAUUUCGAGUUCAAUCACUUGUCUUCCAUCUUCUCACUUGGGUCGACGGCAGGAAGUUGUGGUCUCUGUUGCAUUCAAUCCAUCUGGGAAUUUCGACCUGUCCCUCCAUGAUGAUGAUGAAGAUGAUACCCCUACAGUUCCACCUCCAAUUCCCCCAACAGAAGGGCGAUUGGAGAUAGUUGUCGAUAAUGAUAUCAUUCGACGCCUUGAUUUAUCACCCAUUCACACAGCUGAUGAAAUUAUUUCAAUUUCAUCAGAGCCAAAAGUGCUUCUUGAGCGAACUGUCGGUUUUACCAUAAACUAUACAAGAGAAGAUCCUCAUGAUCUUCGAGAACUAUCUGAAAUUCCAGAUAUAAGACUAUGGUUCUUGAGGCUUGAUGCUGCCUACCCAUGGCUACCUGUUGUAUUGGACUGGCGUGCUGGAGAGCUUGCUCGUUAUGCAGCUAUGUUGGUUCCUCACCAGAUAAGCAUGAAAAUGGGUAUUGUGUUCAAUCCAGAGGCCUUGGAAUUGUUUGUCAUGAAGAAAGUAUUUGUUGUGUACUCUUGGUUGAAGCAAAAUAAAGUUUCAAGACCCAAGUUGAAGACAACCGACAUGGCUAGAAUGCUUGGAUUUGGUAUAGGAGAUGAACUAUUUGAUUUGAUAGACUCACACCCUAUACAAUUAUAA